AGUGUCCCAGGACUCCUAGCUGCUCCUCUCCUGCUCCCCUCCACUUCUUCUUUAAGGAUUUUGUUUCUCAGGGAUGGCCGCAUCUGUUCUGGAGGUAGGGAAUGUAAUUGAAGACGCUCGCUAUGGCUCCAGUCCUCUGGCUAUGCUAACCGCUACCUGUAACAAAUUUGGUAGCACCAGCCCCAUCAGGGAUUCAGCCACACCAGGUAAAACCGGCAGCUCACCGAUAAAGAAGCAAUACACCAUGACCUCUGACCUUCAGACAGCGAAGAACGGGCGGACUGCAGAUGGCAGUGGCCUGGCAGACUCCUACACUGGCUCUUUCACCACAGCCGGAGGUGGCGGUGGGCUGCUAACUCCCACUGGAAGCCCUCCUCCCUCUGCCGGAGGCUAYGCUUCAGAAUACAACCCUUUCUCCCACUCCUUCCAGACCUCAGCCUCCCAGGACCCGUCUCUUUUAGUGUCCAAGAGCCACGCUACAGCUGACUGUCUCACCAGUGUCUAUACCUCGCUGGAUAUGACACACCCUUACGGCUCCUGGUAUAAGGCUGGAAUCCACCCCGGUAUAACUGCUGCUCCUGCUAAUGCCACGUCCUCCUGGUGGGAYGUCCACUCCAACUCCAACUGGCUGUCAGCGUCUCAGCCCCAAGCCGACGGAGGUCUUCAGGCUUCUCUUCAGCCCGUAGCACCACAGGCAUCUCUCAGCCCACAGCUGCCGAGUUACAGCUCUGACUUUACACAACUCAACCCGGCUCCUUACCCCUCUGUGGGACUGGGCUCCUCCUCACAUCUCCUCCAGCCUACCCAACACAUGCUGCCCCAGGACAUGUACAAGCCCAAGCCUGUACCAAGCGCAGGGCUAAUUGAGAAUCCCAUGGGCCUAAAGCCUGCUAGGGGAUCAGGGGGCUACAGUGGAGGGGCUACGCCCAGCAGAUCUUCAUGUGACUGCCCCAACUGCCAAGAGCUGGAGAGGCUGGGAGCUUCAGCAGCAACCCUCAGGAAGAAACCGGUGCACAGCUGCCACAUUCCAGGCUGUGGGAAAGUCUACGGCAAGGCCUCCCACCUGAAGGCCCACCUUCGCUGGCACACGGGCGAGCGGCCCUUUGUCUGCAACUGGCUGUUCUGCGGGAAACGUUUCACCCGCUCAGACGAACUGGAGAGGCACGUGCGCACCCACACGCGGGAGAAGAAGUUCACCUGCCUUCUGUGCAACAAACGCUUCACGCGCAGCGACCACCUCUCGAAGCACCAAAAGACCCACGCCGACUCCGCCAUGCAGGGCAAAGCCGUGGGCGUGGAGGGAGACGCGGACCCUCGGAGCGACGAAACGGCGGAGCUCAACUCCGGCGCCAUCGCCGCCAAUCCCGUCGCCGACCAAAUCACCAACGGAGACGAGAAGAGUGGAGCUCCCAAUGGAGUGGAAAACAGCAGUGGAUUGUUGGAAAUCUGACUGCAAUAAGUUCUCUAAGCAAUACACCUUUGCCACGUUAUAGUUUUUUUUAAAGAGAAAAACAUACUUUUCACUUAAAACAGAAAAUAUAUAUAUUUGUUGUCAAAGAACACAGACAUGUUUGGAAAAGACUCGAUAUGUUGAAGUGAUUACGUUUCAGGUAGCAUUUCUUUAACCACACGCAAAGGAAAAAAAAAGUGCAAGCCUGCAAACUUACAAGCACAAUUGUGCGCAGACAAAUUCACACACACAGACCCACACAACCAACCACUCUAAUGUAUAUUAACAGAUGCAUACGUGGACACAUGUACAAAAAUAACUAUAGGCAAAUGUGUAAGCAUGCAUAAUGCAUUCAUGCGUUUCGAGGGUUAGCCACAAAAACAUGCCUGUUCAGACACACAUAAAAGUAAACUUUGUCAUGUGAACGUAGUCUGCACACAUUUUCUGCCUUUCAAAUGAGACAAACCACUGGGGGGGUUGGGGGUUGUAAUCUGCAAAAGCAGAAGGAAAAGAGCUCUGAGGCUGCAGAAGAAACUAGACUUAUGUUGGGAUGAUGGAACUCGUAGCUUUCUGCUCAGAGAGAAAUUWGAUUUACAGCCAUACUUUCAUACAUAUUAAUUAUUAUAAAUGGACAAUCUUACAGUUAUUUGUUCUGAACUGCAGGUGUUGUAUUACACUAUGCUGUUUGCUUCUUUCUGUGUCUAAUUUAAUUUUAUAUUUACACAAAUGCUCUAAUUUAAGACUUAAAUUAUGUACGUGAAAGAUUAUCUUGCAUCCUGCAGGAAAUAUUAUACCUAAAGUAAAAAAAAAA